CCGUGAUGGUCAGUUGAAUUACGAAACCACCGAAGGAGUAGCAGAGAUAAGAAUACAAGAGGAUCCGUGUGCAAAAGUUGUGUUACCAAGGCCGCGUAUUACAGGCGGAAGAAUCAGUGAGCAGAAAUGCGCUCAGUACAUGUCAGAAAUGUUGAACCGCGAUAUACUAAGCGACAGAGAACAAAGAUGUCUAAUAAAACAAGGCAAAGCACCACAACAUAGCACACAGUUCACGAUAAUAAGUAACCAUGCGACAAAACCUGGCCAGUUCCCACACAUGGCUGCUGUCGGCUGGCGCAGAAAACGCGGGAACAAUUUCGCUUUCCUGUGUGGAGGUUCCCUGAUCAGUCCCAAUUUCGUCUUGACAGCAGCCCAUUGCUCAUCUAUAGUGAAUAAAGACCUCAUGACGGCAGAACCGGAUAUUGUUCGCCUUGGGACUAGAGACAUACGGCGGUUUAAGUAUGAAACUCCUGUCGACGUUAAAAUAAAAAGGAUAAUCCAACAUCCAUACUGGGACUCUCCGAAGAGAUACUACGAUAUCGCAUUAUUAGAACUGGAAACACCAGUGCAGUUCACCAAGUUAAUUCAGCCGGCAUGUUUGCCGCUCUCAUUCUUUAAACCGGGGGGUAAUGCCACCGUCACCGGCUGGGGUGCUACAGAGGCUCGAUCAGGGGCGCCAUCGUCGACAUUACAAUUAGGGCGCGUGGACAUUAUAGACUCCAAACUCUGUGACAGGCUUGGUUUCAUAUAUCGGGAUAGAAAUUGGUGGGGCCUCCUGGAUCACCAAAUGUGCGCCGGUAAGAUUCUAGGAGGUGUGGAUACAUGUCAUGGUGACUCAGGAGGACCACUUCAAGUGCAACUCAAAGAGACACAACAUGAAGGAACUAUGCACAUGGUCAUCGGAGUCACCUCAUUUGGAUUCCAGCGAAACAAAUGUGGACAGAAGGAACAACCCGGUGUUUACACUAAGGUCGCCAGCUUUAUUGACUGGAUAGAGGCUAUUGUUUGGACUAACCAGUAUAGUAGUAGGGCAUAA